CCUUGUUAGUGCGUGUAAGUGGGGAGCUUUCGACUGAUGAUGCUUGACUUGCAUAAUGUUGGAUUGGACGAUGGCGGGUAAGCUAAAAGAUAGUGAUGUGGGUCCAUCUUAUCGUGUCCCUGGCUGCAGGCCCCACCUCAUUUUCAUCCUUUACAGCUUAUGGAUAAUUGAAUAUCAGAUGCUAUCAAUUAUAUCUUCAAAUCAACUGCUUCUCGAUUGUUAAUGCGACAGUAUUUUCGAAUGUGACCACAUGUCCCAGGUUCUUGUAUGGGGAUGAAGUGAAAGCUAAAAAAGAACUUGAUAUGACUGAAUCAUAAACAAAAAAAAAAUGGCCACCGAACAGCCAUCCGAGACCGUUUCGCAGGUGCCUGAACAGCCCACAAAGCCAGCAAAGCUGCCACCUAUACCAAAAGGGGCUACCGUCCGAAGACGUCCCAUUCCCAUGCGUAUACCCUCCACACGCGCCUCGCGACGUAUCUAUAUAACUCCUAAAACGCCCUUCCGCUCCGUAACAGCGCGCGUGCGCAAACAACUCGACAAGAAUCUACGCGAAGCAUCAGCAUCCAACAGAGCUUUCACUAACAAACUCGCCGGCAACAAGAACGCAUCCCUGGACGAGCGCAUCCGUGCCAUCCAGCGACAGUCUGCCUCGAAAAAUAGCGGCAGCGGGAUCGGGCUCGAAGACGCGGGCGAAGUCGUAGUGCUAGGUACAGGGCGCGCUAUCCAGAAGGUCGUUGAGGUCGCUAUGUUCUUCCAAAAACAACAGGAUUGUAUCGUGCAGUUGAAGACCGGGAGCGUGGGUGCUGUGGAUGAUGUUGUGUUGGAGGGGGAGGAGGAGUGGGGGGGUGAGGGGCAGGAGAGGACGAGGAUGAUGAGUUCUCUUGAGGCGUCUAUUAGGUUGAGGUGAUGGUAGGACUUCUAAGCGAGGAAGGAUGAUGCUAUUUGUCAGAAUCGGGCUCUUUAGGACUAUGGCCUACCCGAUCAGCACUUUUCCUACAGCAUCGUUACGUCCCGAGUGUUAUGGAUACGCCGGCGACAAUUUUUCAACGACGUCGGUUCUAAUUAUUAUAGAUGGGCGAUACAGUCGAUACAGUCGAUAAGACGACUGGAGGUAUGGAUCAUCCGUCAACGCAAGCGUAGCGGCGAAAUCUUCAGCCGCAAAAGCCCG